AUGAGUGACACUAAUCGUCAGACACUCUUUAAGAUUAAGGAUAAGGAAAAGAAAAAAAGAGUUAGAUUCAGAAUGAAACUAACGUGUAUUUUUGUGACGUUUGUUUUCUUCGUCUGUGCAAUUGGCAGAAAGGACAGUAGUGAUGGUUGGAAUCCUAUUAAGAACGUCGAUAAGCCUCACGUGAGAGAGAUCGCGAAUUUCGCCAUUAGAGAAUUUGACAGGAAAUCUGGUCAGAGUCUGAGGUUUAUACAGGUCAUAGUCGGUGAAACUAAGACAGUAAAAGGAGGAACCGCUUACAGACUCGUCGUCAAUGCCACCACCGACACCCCCAUUCUCAACUACUAUCAAACUGUUGUGUUGGAGAAUAUGAAGCCAAAGCAUUUCCUCAAACUUGUUUCCUUCGUCUUAAUUUUAGAUUAA